AAUUAGGCUUCUAUCAGACUUUGCGUGAAAAAACUAAACGUUAUGGCUUCUGAAGAUAAGAGAGUUACUGUUGAUGAAGCAGACGAAACAGACGAUUUGGACGAACUCCUUGAUGAGGCACUGGACGACUAUUCUUCCUCACAGUCUACGAAAUUACCCCCAUCGGGCUCCUCUACAACCACGUUUCCUUCUUUGAAUAUAUCACCUGAUAAAAGCAGAGACCAGGCUGAUCUACCUUCACAACUGGACGAUGAAUAUGUAAAACUACUUACUGCUGAUAUGGAAGAUUUUGUCAAAGAAUUUGAUGAAAAUGAAUUAAGCAUAGCAAUGCAAGGAUUAAUGAAAAAUUUUGGGGAAGUGGAUGAGGAUAAUUUAAAUGGAACUGAUUUUGAUAAUACCGGAAGAUCCACCGUAGAAUCCAAUGGAACCUCGUUCCAGGAUAAAAUCAAUCAAACAAUGAAUAAAUUACAAAAUAGUUCGGAACAACUUGAUGCUGAAAUUAUAGACGGAUCGAAUGACCAAAUAAUGGAAAUGAUGAAACAGAUAGAAAACAUGGCUAAUUUGUCUGGGUUUGCAGAGAAUGAUUUUGAAGAAAUGUUUGGUAGUGGAGGAAUGGAGAAAAUGUUAGAAUCUAUGAUGGAAGCAUUAGCGACGAAAGAUUACUUAUAUGAACCAAUGAAAGAAUUCGCACAAAAGUACCCAAAAUGGCUCGAGGAUAACAAAGGCAAGGUACCGCCGGAGGAUUACGCGCGCUACGAAAAACAAUCGGAAUAUAUUAAUAAAAUCAUCGAGAAAUAUGACGCGCCAGAUUUCGACGGAAACAAUGAGCAACAAAAUAAAGCCAUUAUAAAUUUAAUGCAAGAGUUGCAAGAAUUUGGGCAACCACCACCAGAAAUUCUAAAUGAAUUGGCACCGGGCAUGGAACUUAAUGAACAAGGAAUACCAUCUGAUUUAACUUCUUGUAAAAACAUGUAAUAUAAAUAAAAAUAUAUUUAUAGUAUAUUUUAAUUUUAAUAUAAAAAUAUAUUUUUAAAUAAAGAUUAAUUGUAUUUAGAUUUUUAAGAGUCUUUAUAAAUUUAAUUACAUAUCUCUUAAUUAUUUGGUCC